AUGGCGUCGCAGACUGGGCCCCCAGCCCACGAGAUGGUGUACUUCCCCAACAUGACCUCCUCGCUGCCAGAGUCCUCGGGCGAGUUUCGAAAAGUCCUCUGGACGGGCCUCUACUCGCAAGUCGUCAUGAUGACCAUCCCGGUCGGGGGGGAUAUUGGUGAUGAGGUUCACACCGUCGAUCAGGCUCUCACGUUCACGAGCGGCAUUGGCAGAGCCACUGUCAAUGGGAAGGAUCAGGAUAUUAAGGCCGGAGACAUGGUGGUCGUGCCGGCAGGUACACAACAUCAGUUUAUCAACACUGGACCAACACCGUUGAUCUUGUAUACGAUAUACUCCCCCGCAGAGCAUGCGCCGACGACUGUGCAUCAUAACAAGAAGCAGGCGGAUAAGGAAGACGAGGAUGGAACUGAUCGGGCGCCUGACUGGAGUAGGAGGAGUAAGAAGGAGAACGAGGAUGCUGGGUUGGUGAAGCUUAGUGGGAAGUAUUAG